CUAUUUUUUUUUUUGAUAAUUUUAAAUGCAAGUCACUGUUCUUCAUCGACAUGUAGCCAAACCAAGUAAGCUGGAACGAUUUCCACUGUUUGUCUAGAAUCUGGAUAAGCCGCGCACUGACCAAUUUCACCAACCGAACCCAUUCUAGAAUCCGACGCCGGUGUCAUGGUUUGCCAAGAGGGGUGAAAUGAAGAAGUUUGCAGGAUGUUCCCUGGUCGUUUCAUUUGCUCCCACAGGUUCCAAUAUCCUUAAAAACAAUGGCAGAUUCCCACUACUUAUAUCUCGUAGGAAUAAGUUCAGCUAUAGGUUAUUUUCUACUCGUGUUCUGAAAGCACAAUUACAUGAUAAGCCUGGGGUGGUUUCCAGAUACUAUCUUCCUCCUUGGUUUAGUGUUGCUCCAAUGAUGGAAUGGACGGACAAUCACUAUAGGACUCUAGCACGCCUCAUAUCAAAACAUGCUUGGCUGUACACGGAGAUGGUUGCAGCUGAAACAAUUGUUCAUCAAAAGGACAAUCUGGACAGAUUCUUGGCAUAUUCUCCAGACCAACACCCCAUUGUGCUUCAAAUUGGAGGGAGCAAUAUAGAAAAUUUGGCUAAAGCAACUGAGCUUGCUAAUGCUUAUUGUUAUGACGAGAUCAACUUAAACUGUGGAUGCCCUAGUCCAAAAGUUGCUGGGCAUGGGUGUUUUGGUGUGAGUCUUAUGCUUAACCCCAAGUUUGUUGCUGAGGCCAUGUCAGCAAUUGCUGCCACCACGAAUGUACCUGUCAGUGUCAAAUGUCGAAUUGGUGUGGAUGAUCAUGAUUCUUAUAGUGAGCUUUGUGAUUUCAUAUACCAGGUUUCUUCUUUAUCACCCACUAAGCAUUUUAUAAUUCACUCAAGGAAGGCACUGCUCAAUGGUAUUAGCCCUGCUGAGAAUAGAAGCAUUCCUCCUCUAAAAUAUGAAUACUUCUAUGGCCUCCUACGUGACUUUCCUGACCUAACAUUUACAAUCAAUGGCGGCAUUACUAGUGUUGAAGAGGUCCUUGCGGCUCGAGAAGCUGGGGCUCAUGGUGUUAUGGUCGGACGUGCAGCGUACACCAAUCCUUGGCAUAUUUUGGGGCACGUAGACUCUGCAAUUUAUGGUACACCAAGUCCUGAUCUUACACGUCGUCAGGUCCUUGAAAAAUAUCUAACCUAUGGGGAAUCGGUCAUGGGAAAAUACGGACGUAGGCCAACUAUGCGAGAUAUUGUGAAGCCUUUACUCAAUCUUUUCCAUUCAGAACCUGGGAAUGGACUUUGGAAGCGCAAAGCUGAUGCUGCUUUCAAAAAUUGCACGACUGUCGAAUCAUUUUUUGAAGAAACCCUUGUCGCAAUUCCCGACUCAGUAUUGGAUUCGCCUGUUGCCAAACUACCACCUGGCCGUAGAGAUCUUUUUGCCAACAUAGACAAUUUAUUGCCUCCGCCAUACAAAACAAGAGAAGAAGAGGCAGUAGUCAUUUGCGCUUAAGUUCAUGUGUAUUCUGCAAACCCAAGUUGAGCUCAUUGCCUUUAUUUAUUUAUUUUAAAUCGAGUAAUAGGUCUCAUGUAACAGUAUUAUCAAUAAAACAUGAAUGCAUAGUUAUAUUUUU